CCAGGCAGAUGAGCCAUGUCGGACAAGAGAGUCUCAAGGCAAAAACCCUGCCAUCACUGCAAGAGCAGGUCAGCGUCAACCCCACCAGACACCUCCACAAUCCACUACGAGAAGUUCUGGCUGUACCGUCACUGCUCGUCAGUGCAGCAGAGGGACAGGCAAGCUCAGAAAGCUGGGCAGCUCUUCUCAGGGCUGCUGGCCAUGAACGUGGUGUUUCUGGGCAGCGCCUUCAUCAGCAGUAUGAUUUUCAACCACGUGGCCAUCACGCUGGCGGACGUCUGGAUCCUGCUCUCCAUCCUCAAGGUCUUGUGCCUGUGCUGGAUUAUCUACUACCUGCUGGGCACCAGUCGGCAGCCGCACGCGGUGCUGUACCGGGAUUCCCAUGCUGGGCCGAUUUGGAUUAGGGGGUCAGUGCUGCUGUUUGGCAGUUUCAGCAUCCUCCUGAACGUGUUUCAGAUUGGCUACAGCGCAAUUCUCAUCCAGUGCAAAUCCGGAGUGGAAAUAGUGUUCCCCACCAUUGAAAUCCUUUUUAUCUGCACCCAGGCCUUUUUUCUGUGGCAUCACUCUAAGGACUGCAUCCAAGUCCAGCACAACUUCACCAGGUGUGGGCUGAUGCUGACCAUAGCCACUAACCUCCUUCUCUGGCUCUUGGCCGUGACCAACGACACCAUUCACAUGGAGAUAGAGUCUCAGCUGCGGGAGGUGGAGCAGCGAUUUGCAGGCAACGAGACUGCCUCAUGCACAUGCCCAAACACAACCAUCUGCAAAAUCUUCCAGAAGGGCUACAUCCUGCUCUACCCCUUCAACACCGAGUUCUGCCUCGUCUGCUGCUCUGUGCUGUACGUCAUGUGGAAGAACGUGGGGAGACGCAUCAGCCACCACCACGUCCCUCACAGCAAGCCCAAGUUCAAGCUCCAGGGGGUGGUUUUCGGGCCAUUGCUGGGCGCCGCUGCUGUAAUCAUCGGGAUCUGCGUCUUCAUGAUGUACCAGAUCCAGGCCACCGGCUCAGCCCCCGACCGCCAGGUCUUCGUGAUGUAUUAUUCUUACUACAUUGCGCUCCUGCCUCUGAUGAGUGUGGGCGCAGUGAUUGGGACAAUCAUCCACGCCUUGGAAAAAAGGGAGCUGGACACGCUGAAGAACCCAACCCGCAGCCUGGACGUGAUUCUGUUGAUGGGGGCAGCCCUUGGCCAAAUUGGCAUGUCCUACUUCUCCAUUGUUGCCCUUGUGGCCACUGACCCCAGGGACCUGUUGAACAGCCUCAUCCUGUCCUAUUCUGUCCUCCUCAUCUUUCAGAACAUCACCCAAAAUGUCUUCAUCAUCGAUGGGCUUCACCGGCAGCCCUCUGGGGCAGCAGCUGAGGCCAGACACCCAGAGCAUGCUGGGCAGCACGCAGUGCCUUCAGAGCCACCUCGUGAAGAGGACACCAUGACAAGCAGCCAACGGAGGCACACAGAGGUGUCUCCCGGCAAAGAGGAAGAAAUGAAAGAAGAGCAGAAUCAUGAAGCCUACAACCAGAGACGAGUGAGCAUGCUGGAGCUGGGACAGGAGAUCCGGAAAGCUUCGCUGUCCUAUAUCCAUAGCUACUCCCACCUGAGCUGGAAGAGAAGAGCAUUGAGGGAGAUCUCGUUCUUCUUAGUUUUGUGCAACAUCAUACUGUGGGUCAUGCCCACAUUUGGGGCUCACCCCGUCUUCGAGAAUGGACUGGAAAAGUCAUUUUACGGCUACUCCACCUGGUUCGCCAUCGUGAACUUUGGCCUCCCACUGGGUGUGUUCUACCGAAUGCACUCCGUCGGGGGACUCCUGGAGGUCUACAUCACAGCCUGAACAGAGCUGACUCCCCACCCCAGAGGCUGGGGUGAAACAAUGACGCUGAACAAAGAUGCAGUAAGCAGUGGAUAUGCACACGGAAGCUUUUGAGCUUUUUCCCUCUGGCUUCUGCUUUGACUUCUCCUUGCACAACAUGUCUGUGAGUUUCAGAAGAAAAAGAGGUUGGUUUAUCCGUUUUUUUCUCCAUAGAGAACAGACUCACAGCCCAUAAACAAACUGCCUUACUGCUCUAAGGAAGCAUGCACGCUGGUACUUAACAGGAGUCUGCCAGUGGAUGCUGUACGGUAGCAAGCGGGACUUUACCAGCUCCUAUUCAAAUC